CGUCAACUGCUGUUAUAGGAGUAUAACAGAAGACACGCACACUGACCUUGGCAUGGUGCCAGCAACCUAGGGACUAAACAAAAUUGCUCGCUAAUUCACACAUGUUCCCGGCCCUUUGAUAUGCAUUGUCACCUUGUCAGCGCACUGCAUCGUACACUUGAAAAUGCUGCGUUCAAUAACUGUGUGCAUCGUGCUGCUGCUACUGCAGGCUCACCUCUCCACUCAGGACAUGGUCAGUUACGUUACAAGAAGCAGGAGGUCUGUAGCAGGAGACUCAGAUGUUAAAGAGAAGCCGAUUAUUCGCUCGCUACAUAUCACAUCCGAUAUCAAGUACCGUUAUGCCACAACUCUGGUCUACAGCAGGGUUGUCAACCCCUCAGAUCAGGCUGGCGAAGCUGUCUUCUACGUCAUCCUGCCCGAGACAGCGUUCAUCUCAGAAUUUCUCAUGGAAGUGAAGGACGAAGUGUAUAAGGCCCAUGUGAAAAAGAAGGAUGAAGCCAAAACUGAGUACGACGAGGCUGUGCAGGCAGGCCAGUCCGCAGGGCAUGUAGUGCUGGACACAAGAGACUCGAACCAAUUUAUAGUGACAGUGAAUAUCGAAGCUCAUGGCAAAGUCACUUUCAACCUGACUUAUGAACAGCUCCUGGCCAGAAAUCUGGGAGUUUAUACCAACACCAUUAAUAUCAACCCUCAGCAGAUCGUGGAAGACAUGUCAGUGACUGUAAAUAUAGAAGACCCAUUUCCUAUUAAGGACUUAGAGGUGUUUGAACUUCAAGUUUCUAACAAUUCUAUGACCAACAAACCAAACUUACUUGCAAUAAUAGAAGAAAAUAAUCCCAAUCACAAAUCAGUUGUUUGGUCGCCAACACCAGAAGAACAGAGAAGCGGAGACAUCGCCGGACUCAGCUGUCAGUUUGUCGUAAAAUACGACGUAGAUAGGAAAGGCAAGGAGCAACAGAUGAUACUGGUUAAUGAAGGAUACUUCGUUCAUUUCUUUGCGCCUGAGAAUCUACACCCGCUACGGAAGCAUGUUGUGUUUGUGCUGGACUACAGCUACUCUAUGCGUGGUAGAAAACGGGAACAACUUGAGGAAGCAAUGUUUAAAAUUCUCUCUGAGCUUAACUCCAAAGAUUGUUUUAGCAUCGUAACUUUCCAUGGUUAUGUUGAGGCUUGGUCUCCCACAUCGAUAUAUUCAUCCGCACCACGGCCUGCUGAUCAACCCGUCUUAGACGGCAGCUUUGUCAUUGAGGCCACGCCUACAAACAUAGCUGCAGCUCAUUCUUACCUGAAAAAUUAUACAGACCUUGGAUCAACAAACAUAAUGGCGGGUCUCAGAACAGGGCUGCAACUGAUCACUGUCGGCUUUUAUUUCUGGGACAACUAUAAAGGCCCGCCACAACCUUUAAUUGUCUUCUUGACAGACGGGCAACCUAACGUAGAGGUGACAGACCCAAACACUAUCGUCAAUUUGACCAAGUCUCUCAACAUUAAUAACUGCCCAAUCUUCAGCUUAGCUUUUGGAGACGAUGCAGAUUUUAAUUUCCUAAGAAAGCUAUCACUAUCUAAUCAUGCUUUUGCUCGAAAAAUAUACGAAGCAGCAGAUGCGUCUGACCAACUGAACAACUUCUACAAAAGCAUCUCCUCACCACUGCUCUCCAACAUCACCUUCACUUACACGCCUGAACAGGUGGAUUAUUCUUCAAGGACGAAAAAUAAUUUUCAGGUAUUUUUCAAUGGAUCUGAAAUAACUGUUGCUGGAAAAAUAAACAACAAAAUAAAAGACAAGGAACCUAUCGGAGUUCUCAGUGCUCAACUUCCAAAUGGAAUCAGGCUAUAUCCAAUAUUUGUAAACUGUAUGCCUAUGUCUGUGAAACCAGCCACCAAGUCAUUUGGUCAAUUGGAGAAGAUGUGGGCUUAUUUGAUGAUACAGCAACUGUUGGACAAGGCCGACUCGUUAGAUGAAAGUGAUGAGAUUAACAAAACCAAAGAAAAAGCUCUUGAAUUAGCUUUAAAGUACUCUUUUGUGACUCCACUCACGUCCCUGGUUGUCGUCAGACCGAACGAGACUGAGUCUGCUGUGGACCCCACACAAAUAAAACCUGCAGGAGAAAUCAAGCCUCACAAAGUCAUAAUGCCCAGACGCGGGCGUGGACGCGGUCGUCCGAAGCAAUCUCCUUUGACAACCAAGGGAACAACUGUUGGUGCUUUCGACACAACUACACCCAUACCGGACGGUACGUUUUCUGAAGGUGUCAAAAACAUCGGCUGGGAUCAUGUUGCGUGGCUCUAUCCUGUCUUGGUGAAGGCUAAAGACUUCGAGAACUACACCGGCAUCUCAAUAAGGGUAAUGGGGAUGGAGUACUACCUCGGCCUGAACCAGACUGACUUACCAUUUGGAGCUUGUCGCGUGAACGGCGAGGCCGGCCAUUGUCGCCAUAUACAGUAUUGUGCUCUUAACGUGUUCCGGGAUGACGUCACUGCCUAUGCGCCUUACCAAUGUACAAUUAAUGAAAGCUUCUUGGGGGUGUGCUGCCCAAAAUCAUUGACUGACCCAUCAUUCACUUGACUCAUUCCCAUAAGUGAUCAUUUAGAAUUAUAAAUUAUUAUCAAUGUACGCAACUAAAAGUGUGUAGUUUUUAAUAUGAUAUGAUUACUAAUAAAGUAAUGUUUGCUUAUUGAUAAA